AUGCUAAACCCUUCAGAAUAAACUGCAACAUCAACUUUAAAUGAUAAAUUGGAGGAUCUUAAAAAAAUAAUGAAGUAAUACUCCAAAUACACAUCUGAUUCAUAAAAUGAAUUUGAGUAACAUUUUAAGAAAUUCGGACCAUUAAAUAAAUAAUACUAUUAAUAGAUAUCAUUAUCAGUUAAUGAUCCAAUUAGUUUAGGUAUUAUUAAUUAUAUAAAUCAAGGAUAAAAUUUGAUAGAAUUCAUAUAACUUUUUGAAAUGACCUCAAAAUCUACACUUUCAUAAUUUUCAGAAUUUUAGUAAUUCUUUUCUCAAAGUAUUGAGUAAUAUAAUGAGAAAAUGAAUAUUUUCACAAAGAUAAUAACAGAUGGUAAUUUUUAAUAAUCAUAAUAACUUGCAUAACAUAGAUAAAAUUUUAAAAAAGCAAAAGAUAAAUAUGAUAAAUUAUGUAAAGAAAUAGAAACUACUUUGAGUUCAAGUAAAAAAAAUUCAGGAGAUGCCUUAACUGGAUAUGAUCUCAAUCUAUCUCAAAAAAAUGAUUAGAAAUUAAAAGAUUUAGUAAAAUAAGUAGAGCCUGCAGAAUAGUAAUAUAAAGAAACUUUUGAUAGUUUAACAAUUAAAACAAAAGAAUUCAAUUAAGCUAUUGAUGAUUCUCGAUAGUAAUUGAUCCAAGCUCAUUAAUUAACUUAUUAAAGAUUUGUAGAAAUCACUAUGAAACUUGAUUAACACAAAUUAUCAGCAAAUUGUUGGAUAAAAGGUUAGAUGGAUGAAAAAUAAGAGAAAAUCUUAACUAUGCCAAAAUAUGAAUAAGAAAUUGAGGAUCGAAUAAUAACAUCUAAAUAUGAAUAAGAUAAUUAAUUUAGAUAUAUUAAUAUUAUGAAUAAAAUCAUUGAGAAAAAAUAAUUAACAGAUUCAGAAUAUAUAAUGUUUCCAGAUAUUUUACAUAAACAUAUUGAUGCUUAAUUAUCAUUUAUAAAUGAUAGACUCAAAAAUUAAAAGGCUCUACCAAAUUAUCUAAUAGAAAUAUCCAAUCAAAUGGAUUCAGUUUCAAAAAAUUUAUAAAAAUCAAUAAAAACAUCAUUAUAAUUUAUCUAAGUAAUUAAUUUAAUUAUUCAUAUAGGAUAAAUCAGAUAAAGAUAAAUCAAAUUUCAUCAAACCAAUUCUAUAAGUUUAAGAAUUAUUAGUUAAGUAAAAUGAAUAAUAUUCCAAAAAAUUUAAUUAAUAAUCUUAAUUUAUUUAACUCAAAGCAUAAUGUUUAGAUUAAUUAAUAAAAGAAUAAAAAAUUUAAGAAAAAAGUUUUUUAAAUAUGUAUCAAAAAAUGUUAAAAGAUUUUUAAGGUCUCAAAUAAUAAAUGUUAGAAAAUGAAUAAAAACCAGCAAUAAAAGAUAAUCUACUUUAAUAAUUAAAGAAAUCUAUUUAAGAUAAUUGUACUGCUAUUAAAUACUCAAUUGAUUCAAUUAGAGCAAAUGAAUUUCAAAGAUCAAAUCAAAUUAUUUAAACUUUAGAAUAAAUAUUAAAUCAUUAUAGUUCAUUCAUUGAUGAAAUUAUAACUUAUACAAAAUAAUAAGAAGAAACUUUAAGUUAAAUUUAACAAAAAAUAGUUUAAGUUGAUUAUGGAACAAUUAUUAAUAUUAAACUUGAUUAAAUAGAUUUAAAAUUUUAAAGGAUGUUUGAAAUGACUGAUGAAAUUAAAUCUAAAAUAGAAACAGCUACAUUACUCUAAUAAUAGGAAGAAAGUGAAAGUGAUGAUAUUAAUUUAGAAGAAGGCUCUGUUAAAGUUUCUUAAAAACUAAUUGAAAAAUUUAGAAUUUUAGAUGGAGAUAAGUGUAUAGCCAGUUAUGCAUGUGCAUUUGAAAAUAAAAUUUUAUUGUAAGGAAGAAUGUAUAUUUUUUCAUCUAAAGUUUGUUUCCACUCAUAUUUUAAUGGAAAAGUAUUUAAUUUAAUUUAAUAAGACUCUCUUUGGAACUACUGCUUUAGGCAUUCCAUCAAUUGAUAUAUAAAGUAUAAGAAGAAUUAAAGCAUAUAUGGUAGAUGCAGCUCUUGAGUUUAAAACUUAAAAAGGAAUCUUAGUCUUUGCAAGUUUAGCAAAUAGAGACAGAACAUUAGGAAGCUUGAAAUAAGUAAAAGGAUUAGAAUAAGGAAUAAUAGAAGAAAAAAUUGAAAAUGAUCCAGAAAGAAAUAUAUAAUAAAUUUAUGCAGAUACAUAACUAUUAGCAAAACCUUAAGAAAAAUAAUAAGGAAUUAGAAGUCCUUCUCCAAAACCUUAAGCUAAUUUAAUAGAAACUAUAAAUAUUUAAAAUUUAGAAUAAUCAAAUGAUAAAUUAUAAUAAAUUGAUAAAAGCCCUAGAAAUUAGAAUAUCUAAUAAUAAUCUAUAGUAUAAUAAUAAUAGAUUCCAUAAAUAACUAUUAAUGAACCAACUCCAUAGAUAUAAGAGAAAAAGUCUACUUUUGAAUCUACCUCUUAAUAACAAUAAAAUUAAACUACCAAUUAAUAAAUAAAAACUGAUAAAUAAUAAUAGUAAUCUACCAUCAUCAAUACUGAAUCUUAAAAUAAAUCUAAUCCUGCUUUACCCAAAGUAUCUCAAAUUGAUGUUGAAAAUACUAGUCUAUAUAAUGAAAUAAUGAUUUAAAAUAAGUAGAAUAGAUUCAUGAAUUAACCUAAUAUAUUAAAAUUCAAAACUUAAUUAAAGGUCACAGUAAAAGAAUUUAUUGAUUUCUUUUUAUUAGAUAAUCCUUAUGAAAAUUGUCUUUCAUUUCCUCAUUAUUAUUAAGUUGUCAUAUGUUAGGAUAAGGAUAUUGAAUUUAAAAAAUAUUAACCUUAACCGUAAAUUGGAUAGAUUUCAAAAAGACCUAUCAAUUUUAUACAUCCAGUUAAAGAAAAAUAAAUGUUUGCACCAGAUGUGGUUCAUUGUUUUGCAGAAGAUAUUUUAUAUUAUUUUAAUUAAGAUGAAAUUUUGAUAGAAAAAGAAGUUAAAUUUGCUAAAAUACCAUAUGCAGAUAGUUUUUGUUGCAGAGUUUUUUGGCAUAUUCAUUAAAUAGAUGGAGGAUGUCAAGUAAAUUAUGGAUUUUAUAUUCAUUUUCUUAAGUCAACUGUUUUUAAAGGUAAAAUUGAAAGUGGUAGUAAAAAAGAAAACACAGAUGUUUGGGAAAAAUGUUUGAAAUAAGUAUAUGAAGAAGGGCAAAAUAAAAUAAUAUCUAAAAGAAUAUAGAGUGAUAUUAGAUAAUAACCAAAAUCUGAACUUGAAAUUCCAUAAUAGGUAGAAUCUUAAGUAGAAAAGGAAAUUGUAUAAAGGGAAAAAUAAUAGACUUAAGUGAUAAAUCUAGAGGAAUUAUAGCAAGAAUCAUAAAUGUUACUAGAAAAUAAGUAAUAAAAUUAAUAAUUGAUAAUAAAAGAAGUAAUUAUAGAUAAUAAAUAAUCUUAAUCUGGUUAAUAAGACUUAAAUUUAAAAUUAGAUAAAUUAAUUCAAUUAUCUUAUGCAAUUAUUGGUCUUUUAAUUAUCAAUAUUUUGUUUGCAAUUGGAAAAUGA